AUGUUAUUUCGAAAGGAUCCAUGUGGGAUUAUAUGUGUAAUAUUGACGUAUGCUAUGCUUUUGCAUUGUCUUUAUGUCGUUGUUUGCAUUCUAAUUAUUCCAUUAUUUAAUGAGAGCUUUUAUGGAACAUUGAAUGCCUUCCUUAUUUGUACACUUGUUUUUCUUGCGACACUUUCACAUGGUCGUGCAGCAUAUUCGGAUCCGGGUUUUGUGCCAUUGCCAAAAAGGAAACUUGAUUUUUCUGAUCUAAAAACAAAUUCUACUACGAAUCCUCUUCUCAAGGUAAAUGAAGAAGGUUGGACAGUUUGUAAUCGAUGUGAUACUUAUCGACCAGCUCGUUCACAUCAUUGCCGAAUUUGCAAACGAUGCGUCAGACGAUUGGAUCAUCAUUGUCCUUGGAUAAAUAAUUGUGUUGGUGAAUUUAAUCAAAAAUAUUUUAUUUUAUUUCUUUUCUAUAUUGGAUUAACAAGUCUCUAUGCAGUAUCGUUUAUUAUUUGGUCGCUAAUUGUUUUUCCGCAAAAAAGUGAAGCGCAAAUCAUUCAUUCAAUAGUAAUCUGCAUUGAAGCAUGUUUAUUUGGCAUAUUUGUUAUAACUGUAUUUGUUGAUCAAAUACAAUCCAUAAUUGAUGAUCGAAGUCUGAUUGAUUCGUUGAAACUAGACAAGGAAUCUCGCAACACGCCACGAGUUUUACCAUCGAAACGUGUGUUAUUUGAAAAUGUUUUUGGCUCUGGUCCGAUAAUAUGUUGGCUAUUGCCAUGUGACCUGCGAAAUUCAAAUAAGAUAAAUGAUUCACCAGACGCAUAUACUGUUUGA